GUGCAGAUCUUCGUGAAGACCCUCACGGGUAAGACCAUUACCCUCGAGGUCGAGGCCGCCGACACCAUCGAGAAUGUGAAGUCGAAGAUUCAGGACAAGGAGGGCAUCCCCCCCGACCAGCAGCGCCUGAUCUUCGCUGGCAAGCAGCUCGAGGAUGGCCGCACUCUCUCUGACUACAACAUCCAGAAGGAGUCGACCCUCCACCUCGUCCUCCGC